AUGGCCCUCAAUAUCCCGCUUCUACAGUUUGGUACACUCAACUACGAGGAUGAUGAGUUCUGCACUUCAAGGCCCAUAUUUGGCCCCGAAGAUGUGGAAGAAGAGGCGGUUGUUGGUGGUAAAUCUGCUGAUGACCUUUUGAGACCUUUAAGGUUCCUCUGGGACGACGAGUUUGAUGAGCCAGAGGACGGGCCAGAAGCAGAAGACGAUCACUACCAACAUGAAGACUUACCGACAGAACACGAAAGUUCUGGUGGAGACGAUACAUACUGGCAGAGCUCAGGCAGGGAAGAUGAAUACUCGCAGAGCGAACACGAGGGUCCAGAAAACUCAGGGUACGACGACGAGGAGGAGCUUCAAGCUAAUAUUCCAGAAGACGACGAUGAUGAGUCCAUACAUCAUUAUAAUCUCUUCAACGAAGCAAUUCUACAGCCCAGUACAACGCCUCCAAAACACUCUCUACUAUAUAUCCUAUCAACCUCGGGACGAAAGCCAGAAAACUCUUUCUGGUUUUCCAACGGGGAUUUCCCUAAGAGCAGUGAUCUUAGGACCGAAGUUCUGCUUCACCAAGCACAGAAAUGGGUGGACCCGGUGGUUUACUAUGGCGAACCCAAAGAUCUGCAUGGGCUAAACGGCCGUAUGUUGUGUGAGCAGACAGAUAUUUUUGAGAAGUAUCUGAAUAAGUUCUAUACACCUCACGGCAGGUGGUUGCUUGAGAAAGAACUGAAGGAUGAAGAUCCGGACGAAGAACGGAAGGGCAACGGUGAACCAAUUUUGGACACAUCUAACCUAGAAGGACAAAAAGAGAUGCAGAAUAUCUUCAAUUAUAACAGUAGCCUUCAGUGGACGGAUGAAUGGAAGAGGCUACUCGACGCGGAGAACCCGCAAUGGGCACAGAAGAAAAGUUACAAGAAAGCCGAAGAGAUUUGUAAAACGCUGGGCACACGAAGAACAGAGCGCUCAUCUUUACACUGGUCGAGCACGCCGGAUAUAGAUUCAGUACCCGAGAACCUCAGCGCCGAACCGUGCUUCCAUUCAUCUCGGGGAGGAUUUCGUGGGAGGGAGCUUCGCAGCACUUUCUGGUGGAAGAGGGAGGAAUCCGGAACCGCCGCGGUGUUUGUAGAAAGCCCGAGGGGUCAACAAAAUGCCGCAGAGCAUCAGAGUGAUAAUGAUGACUGGGUUGAAGUUGAUUCAGAUCUACAAAUUGGCAGUUCCGAUAUAACCAACGAAGGAACCGAGAUCGUGAAAGAAGUAUUCGGCCAAGGCGACUUCAAGAUCGAUGAUACAAGAAAAGAUAUCCCAGAUAGCCCCAAGCCAGCUACACAUUCAGCCGCAGAGUUGACGACAGGCUCUCAAACCAAAAGAGACUCUUCGUGGAGUUCAAUAAUAUCAAAAUUGCGAGAAUUGACUGCGACCAAGACGGCGGUGAAAGCCAGUGCGACGUACAGGGACAAGGGCCAAUCUACUGAAUUAGAUGCUUGCAGAUAA